GUUCGAAGACAUCGACAAGGGAUAACACAAGCCACGAUGGCAACGCACGCACUUUUCGAGUCAGCGUCCGGAUACGCCGUCUUCGAUGUAAAACUCCACGAAAACAUUGGCUCCCGCGUAAAAGCAGUCCAGGACUCCAUCACCGAUCUUGCAAAAUUUGGCAAAAUGGUCACGCUAGUAAGUUUCUCGCCAUUCAAAAGCGCGGCGGACGCUCUCGAGAACAUAAAUGAUGUCUCAGAAGGUAUCCUCAAUGACCAUCUCAAAUCCCUCCUCGAGCUUAACCUCUCCAAGCCUAAAAAAGGUUCCAAGAUAAUCCUCGCAGUCUCAGACGUUGCGCUCGCCAACUCCAUCUCUGAAUCCCUCUCCUUGAAAUGCGACGCGUCAGAGACAUCGCAGGAAAUCCUCCGCGGCAUCCGCUUUCACGCCCCAAAGCUCCUCAAAGGCCUCGACGCUACAGACCUCAUCAAAGCCCAACUCGGUCUCGGUCACUCUUACUCCCGCGCUAAACUCAAGUUCAACGUCAACCGUGUCGACAAUAUGAUUAUACAAGCUAUCGCCCUCCUCGACCAACUCGACAAAGAUGUCAACUUGUUCGCCAUGCGCAUAAGGGAGUGGUACGGCUAUCACUUCCCCGAACUCGUCAAACUCGUCCCAGACAACUACCAAUACGCUCGCAUCGCGCAGUUCAUCGGCGACAAGGAGACUUUGAAUGAGGAAAAGUUGCCCGAGCUUGCUACCCUCCUAGGCGACGAUUCCACACUCGCACAAAAUAUCCUCGAUGCCGCCCGCGGCUCAAUGGGCUCAGACAUAUCCGAAAUCGACAUGCUCAACAUCUCCGCUUUCGCAACCCGCGUCGUCUCCAUCGCCGACUACCGCAAAUCCCUCGUCACCUACCUAAGCGAGAAAAUGAACCUCGUCGCUCCCUCACUCACCGCGUUGUUGGGAGAGCGGAUAGGCGCACGGUUGAUCAGCCACGCCGGGAGCUUGACGAAUCUGAGCAAGUACCCUGCUAGUACCGUGCAGAUCCUCGGUGCGGAGAAGGCGUUGUUCCGAGCAUUAAAAACGAAGGGCAACACCCCCAAGUACGGUUUGCUAUACCACUCCUCCUUCAUCGGUCGUGCAGACCCCAAGCACAAAGGCCGGAUAUCUCGCUUCCUAGCGAACAAAUGCUCUAUCGCCUCCCGGAUAGACUGCUACUCAGAUAACCCAAGCGCAAAAUUCGGCGAGGCCCUCCGCGCACAAGUCGAGGAGCGCCUCAACUUCUUCGAGACCGGCGCACCACCGACCAAGAACGUCGACGCCAUCCGCAAAGUCCUCGACAGCCUCGCACUGGACGAGGAUGACGAGGACAUGGAAGAUGAGCCGGACGCUGAGAUGGACGAUGCUGAGCCUAUCUUGCCAUUGAUCGAAGUCACGCCUAAGAAAGAUAAGAAGGACAAGAAAAAGAAGAGGUCGAGAGAUGACAUGGACGUCGACGAAGCGGACGAGGAGCCGGCGGAGAAGAAGGCAAAGCUGUCGAAAGAGGAGAAGAAGGCUUUGAAGAAGGCUGCCAAGGCAGCGCGUAAAGCAGAAGCUGUUACUGCUGAUGACGGUCCCUCUACGAAGGAGAAAAAAGAAAAGAAGAAAGAUAAGAAAGAUAAGGAGAAAAAGAAGAAGGAAUGAUAUUUUAUCCGUGGUAUACCUUCUCGUCCGCUUGUUGUCUUUUUGUAUCGCUGCUUUCAUGGCCAUCCUGAUGAACCCAUAAUUCUUACCUCGUCAACUUCCCGUUCGUCCAAGAGGGUGCAUUUUGACUUCCGAUUGUUCCUCAAGAGUCGCGCAGACAGGGUUCGAAGCUCUCACGUCACGCUCUGGAGCACCGUGCGUGAAUCAAGUUCCUAAGGAUCGAUUAUAUUUUGCCGUCUUCGACUUACUUCACGGAGGGAAACUUCAAUCUUCCAUGCCCAUUACCACAAAAUCUCCCAGGGUUCUUCUGCUAAUA